CGCGUGGCAAAGUACUACAACCUGUCGUUUGCUAAACAACAAUUGGUCUCCUGAUAAUUUGUGCUGCUUCCGGUUCGCUAUGACCGUGGACACCAGCUACCUGACCACUCAGGUCAAUAACAUCGUCGAACAGCUCCACGGUCUAUUCGAUGACAUUGGCGUCCCAAACCAUGAACGGGACUCAAGGGAGUCUGAGCUCUUUGUAGCGCUGUUAGAAACACUCAAUGGCCACUUGCAAGGCGUUCAUAACGAGAAGAACGAUAUGAUUGAGGAGGCCAAUCGCCUUAUCACGACGAUCAAACAGAUGCAAGCGUCGCUUGAUGACGGCGCAUAUGGUUCGCGACGCGCAUCGGACGACCCAGACCUCCGCGUCACGCUUCCGCUAAACCAUUGCCUCGCUCUUCUCCAGGAGAAGCAACAUGCCGUCGGUAAAAGGCAUCAGGAACGCUUCGAGCAGGUGAAGAAACUUGUUGAGGCACUCGAGUCGUAUUCCUCCCAUCUUGAGUCAACUUUUGUCAAGAUUCCGCUCCCCCCAACAGCCCCUGGUACAAUCGUCCCUCCAUCCUUCGAUUUGUCUGCCGCUUAUGUGAAUGCGCUGGACAAUGAGUUUACUCGAGUCUACGAAGAAUACAACCGUCGCCUCGUCACCGUCAGUACGGUUUGCGAAGAGAUAAUAAAGCUGUGGGCAGAACUCGGUACACCCCAAGCCCAGACCGAUCCUGCGAUCGUGGAACACCAUAGAGAUUCUCCCGAGCAGCUUGGUCUGCACGAGUCAGACCUUGCGUCCUUGCGAACCAAGCGCGACAAACUCCUGAACGAGAAAACAGCGAGAGAAGGCAAGAUUAAAGAACUGAGAACAGCGGUCGAAGCCCUGUGGGGCCGAUUGGGUGUUGAGGAAUCCGACCGAAAGGGCUUCCUCGCCGCCAAUCGUGGCUGCGGGCUACGGACUAUUAACGAAUUCGAGGAGGAACUCGCUAGGCUCAACGAGCUUAAACGACAGAAUCUUCACUUGUUUGUGGAAGACGCUCGCUGUCGCCUGCAGGAACUAUGGGACAGCCUUUAUUACUCAGAAGAAGAGAUGCUUGACUUCACUCCGGCAUUCUCGGACGUCUAUAGCGACGCUUUACUCUCUGCCCACGAAGCUGAGAUCGCUCGCUUAGAAGCACUCAAGGAGCAACGGAUGCCUGUCCUCCAGUUGAUUGAUAAACAUCGCUCUCUUGUUGAAGAUCGUGAUGCCCUUGCCGCUUCCAGCCAGGAUGCCUCUCGAUUAAUGGGUCGUGGGACUGGUCAAAGACGCGAUCCAACUCGGCUCUUGAGAGAGGAAAAGAUGCGAAAGAGGAUAUCAAAGGAAUUGCCCAAAGUUGAAGUAGAGUUGCGGAAGAUAUUGGAAACUUGGGAGGAUGAAUAUGGAAGACCAUUCUUGGUCCAUGGCGAAAGGUAUCUGGAUGAGCUAGGCCCUCCGCCGCAGAAAAUUCCUCCCCGUUCCAAGACCCCUUGCCCCUCGGUCUCACGUCCCGUGUCCAGGGCUGCGCCAUCGCGCGCCGGUGGCACAAUUCGCGGCCAACAGAAUCCCUCGUCUGCUGCUAAAACGCCAACUGGAAAUGGAACCUUAAAGCGCAAUGCUGUAGGAACCGGGUCCCUGAGGAGUGGUACCAAUCCUCGACCAAAGUCACCAACCAAGAUCCCCGCCCGGGUUCCUCUCGCGAACAUGCCCGAUGGAAGUAAUUCCCCGGACCGCCAACCAGCUCAGUCAUAUUCAACCAGCACGUUCCGUGGCAAAAUGGGACCUCCGCGUGCACCUCCACCGAAGAUGAGGGAGCUUUUCUCUAGAGAGGAGACGCCGCAGGCUACGUACCAAACCGGACUGAGCCGUAGUCGUAGCGUCAUGUCUUCAACAUCCAGUGGAAAGGUGCGUCCAGUGAGUCCGGAAGACGUCUAUGAUGAUCGUCAACGGUCCUUCAUGAGUUCGUCCAUGUCCCAUUAUAGACCCAUUUCGGACCAGUCCUUCACGUCUUCGUACAUAUCUAGCCGUGAGGAUGUGAGCUUUUGCAACCAACAGCCAAAGUCAUAUGCCAAUCAAUUUCAACAACAAUACCAAGCCCAGAGUCCUCCCCCAAGACAAAUAUCGAACUCGUCCACAAUUAACACGCUGGCGUCUGGUUCUGAGAACUGGGAGACGUACGACGACGCCUCAGAGCCGGAAGUUGAUGCCACUGAGGCAUAUUAUGCUAAAGUGAGAGCCGCCCAAGGCAAACGAGCUGGCGCUGAAGCCCAGCUCGGCUACCCAAACAAACCAAAGAGCAUCCGGGGUGUGGGGUCGGAUGAUGCUUGUGUUCAAAGUAGCUUCCACUCCAAGCGACUUGGUGGCAGUGAUGACUGGACGGAUGAUUUAGAAACGUAUUGAAACGGAUUUGAGCAUCCCACGAAUUUUACCUUCCCUUUUCUGUCUCUCCUCUGAACGACUGUGAAUACUAGACCCUUUCUGUUUCAGGGGCCCGUCCUCAAUAUCUCACUCGUUUUCCAUUCCGGAUACACGACGUAUGAUAAAACGUGGCAUACGAACUGUUCGUGUUAAUUUCUAGCAAGGCGUUUUUGAAAUUGGAUGUUGCAUUGAAUUUGAGCACUUUGGCGCGAUUGUGGCGGGAGAUACUGGAGGAAAAGAAGAUUGUUGUUUUAUAUUUCUUUACCAUCACCCUCGCCCACCCUGAUGCUCGGAUCUGUUUAAUUAUGGCUUAUUCCCAAUCAGUUUUCCGAUUUUCUUUUCUUUUCCUUUUUUUUUCCCCCUUUUGGUCGUCUUUCUUUCUUACGGGUUGAAAUAGGGCGGGAAUUUUUUGUUUGAGUCUUUUCCUUGUUUAUUUUUUUUUUUCUCCCCCACACUUGGUUUUUAUUGUAUCAUUUUUGCCUUGACGGCCGCUGUCCCUUUUUUAAU